CCGUCUUCAGUCUUCGCUGACUGCCCGCAAGAGGACGUCCACUCCCCGUCGUAGAAGCACGAGAGUGGAAGCAGCAUCCAUGGCGGGAGAGGAGGCUGGGAGGAGAGGUGUUCCCUCCCUGCUGAACCCGUCUUCGUCAUCCAGCGAAGGGCAGCACGAACACAUCGCCUCUGAUGUCACACAGCUCAUCGGAUGGACGCCUCUGAUCGAGCUCAAGCGAAUCACCGGCAAGGACGGGGUAGAUGCCCGGAUCGUCGGCAAGGUCGAAGCGUACCAGCCCCUCUGCUCCGUCAAGGAUCGCAGCGCUUUGAGAAUGAUAGAAGAUGCAGAGGAGAGGGGAUUGAUUUCACCUGGUGUCACAACACUGGUUGAGCCGACAAGCGGCAACUUGGGAUUAGGAAUUGUCCUAAUUGCACUUCGCAAAGGCUACAGGUUCGUCGCAGUUAUGCCGGGUCAAUAUUCACUUGAUAAGCAGAUCCUGUUGAGAUACAUGGGUGCUGAGUUGUACUUGACUGAUCCAGCCCUUGGGUUUCCGGGCAUAACUGACAAGGUUGAACAGCUCAAAAAAGAAUUGCCCAAUGUACAUGUACUUGAUCAAUUCUCUAACAAAGCAAAUCCUGACGCGCAUAUUAGAUGGACUGGACCUGAGAUUUGGAAGGACACUGCUGGCAAGGUGGACAUAUUUGUAGCUGGUUCUGGCUCAGGAGGUACGGUAUCUGGUGUUGGAAAGUAUCUGAAGAUGCAAAACCCAGGUAUCAAGAUCAUCUGUGUUGAGCCUGCAGAGAGUCCAGUUGUUUCAGGUGGAGAACCAGGCAAACAUAAGAUCCAGGGAAUAGGGCCAGGAUUUAUACCUGAAGUACUGGACACCUCUGUUAUCGAUGAGGCUGUCACGGUGACCACUGAGGAGGCGAUGGUCAAUGCAAGGAGGCUGGCCAAGGAAGAAGGCCUUCUUGUGGGCAUAUCUUCUGGAGCAAACUUGGCAGCUUGCCUAAAGGUCGCGUCAAGAGAGGAAAACAAGGGGAAGAUGAUUGUCACCGUGUUUCCAAGCGGGGGCGAGAGAUACAUGAACUCCGACCUAUUUGCAGAUGUGAGAGAGGAGUGUAUUGCCAUGACAUUUUGAUCUCAUCACUUAUUCAGAAGAGGGCUGUCUUCCAAAGUUCCAAGUAGCGGCCAACACCCAAUCGGCAUCUGCUAUAUGUAGCAGCUCAUAUACGGUGAUACCGCAAUGAAUUGUGUAUUUUGCUAUGGAAUUCAUAUUCAAGAAAUUUGUAUGAACUAACUGGAGGACCAAUUGGGGAAGUAACGUGCCCCAGGUUUAUUUCAAAAUUUUACUUGAUCGUAUCAUUUUCUAAGCACAAA